GCUGGAAGAGGCGCCUUGCUCUCUGGGCGGUGGCGGGCUUCGCAGCCUUGGCAGGACCAAUGCGGGAACCCCCAGGGGCUGUGGCGUGCGCCGCGGCCGUCGGCAGUGCACUCUUCCUGCUGCUCUUCGCGCUGGGGAUCCGUCAACUGCUGAAGCAGAGGCGGCCAGCGGGUUUCCCCCCGGGGCCAAGGGGGCUGCCGUUUAUCGGCAACAUCUGCUCCCUGGCCGCCUCCGCUGAACUUCCUCACGUCUACAUGAGAAAGCAGAGCCAGGUGUACGGCGAGAUUUUCAGUUUAGAUCUUGGAGGCAUAUCAGCAGUGGUUCUAAAUGGCUAUGAUGUAGUAAAGGAAUGCCUUGUUCAUCAGAGUGAAAUUUUUGCAGACAGACCAUGUCUUCCUUUAUUCAUGAAGAUGACAAAAAUGGGAGGGAGAAGACAUUGUCUUGGAGAACAUCUGGCUCGGAUGGAAAUGUUCUUGUUUUUUACAGCACUGCUCCAGCGGUUUCAUUUGCAUUUUCCAUAUGAAGUGGUUCCAGAUCUGAAGCCUAGGUUAGGCAUGACAUUGCAGCCUCAGCCCUACCUUAUCUGUGCCAAAAGACGCUGAAAGUUAUAGAUAUUUGGGGAAAUAAGGAUGUAUGUUUCCUUACCCCUGAACCUUAUUUAAUCUAAUCAGCGUGGUGUUUGGAUAAGUCACAGUAUCAUAAAGUCAAAUGAACACAGAUGUGUCAUUGAAAACAGCACUAGAGCAAAAUUAAGUAUUAACAAUGAUAUUUUUAAAGCUUCUAUGACUUCUAAAGUUAAAUUCUCUAUUGAGGAGCACAAAGGUUCAUAAGAUGCUGAGGGCCAUGGAUGUCCUAAGUAGAGCCACUUAUUUGGUGUAAGUUUUCUCUCAUCCUUUCUUGACUCCACAUGGUUUCUUACCUCAUGAGAGCUUGGCCUCCAAAUGCCAAUUCCUUUUUGACCAAGUGUCAGUCGAGUUUAAUAGAAGACUGUGGAAUUAAAAUGCAA